UGUACCGCGCUCAGGCAUGUAGCCGACUGUCAAGUGCCAGCUGUUGCGCCGUACUGAUUUUCCGUAACUUCACGCCGACACGGCUCGCCAGCAAUUUAAUUGAAUAAGUGUGUCACGGGGCUCGUAACGUCGAUCGACAUGAGUCGUCGACUUAUCAGAGACCCACUGAUCCUUCUAUUACUCGUCGGUAGCAGUUUGGCCGUGGUGAAAAAUACCAAAACCUUGUCUCUCAAAGAUGGCAGCGUAUUACAGGUGUCUUUUAGUCAUCCUACCGGUGAUGCAUACAUUCAACGAAUAUCUAUUGCCCCCGCUAGUAACGUUACUUGUAACAUAACAAAUGUUUCAUCCGAGACUUCAUUUAUUAUCGCUCAAAUUCAUACGUAUCAAUAUAACGUCACGCUGUCUUAUACUGAAGAUGAUCUUAAUAAAGUUUCAAAUAAUAGCGUAUUCGGAUCAAAUAUCGGCCUUUUAAUUAGACCAGGUUUAAACAUAAUGACGCAGCUGUACUUGAAAAAUGAUAACGUCCACCAUGUGGACGCUCUACUUGUUGGUAUUCCUUACAAUGACAAAGCACCCGUACCGGGUGGAUGCAACAUGGAGUUCAAUACCAAAAUAGCUCCAUAUGCAAAGGUGGUCGCGGACGACACCACGGUGGUCGUCGACGUGCAACCAGCAUCGAUACCUUUUAACAACACCGCCCAACCGAUUUGCGAAAAAAAUAAGGUGGAGCUCGAAAUCUAUCAAAUGUUCUUAAGCGAGCAGGACUUCACAAUUGAUAGCUAUUUCAUUGGUAUUACAAAUAUGUUGACCGUGGAGGAUAUCAUACAAAAUGGUCGUAAGAUAUCGGGUUCACAAGCGUUAACACCAAUGAGACGAGUCUUCAACGCGUACACCGGAACUGGAUCGGUUUACGCAGCAGUGGCUAAAUAUGGAAAUUAUUCUGCAUCUUAUGUCCCUGGUUUCUCGUACGCUUGCAGUCCCCUGCUUUAUCCAGAAUCUUGUCAGCUUUUAACUGAAAUUUUCCCGCGACUCGUUUGCGCUGGCUGCUUCUUCGUGGGCCUGUGGGCGGUACUCCGUGGGCCAUUUCUAUCGAUACCGACGUUCUUCACCGGAACUGUGAUCGGUUACGUUAUCGCAGAAGCCAGCAAGGGCAGCUAUAAUCCAUCAGCUAACAUUGCGAUUGCUCUAACAAUAGGCAUCACCUUUCUGCUACUGACGAUGUGUUGCAGUAUCACAUGGCCGCUCAUUAACAAGCUGUUGUUAACUUUCAACGUAGGAUUCUUCUUCGCGUGUGUCGCUUACUUCUGCUCCCCAGAUGAGUUUUUACUUGUACAUAACAGUUGGAUUUUCUGGACACUUUUCAUACUGUUGUUCGUUAUCAUUACCUUCCUCACGGCAAUAUCGUUUCCCGUUAGCUUGCCUGCUUCGUCUGCAAUAUUUUCAGCGUACAUGAUGAUCUUGCCACUUGACUAUUAUUUUGGCUCUGCCCUGAAAUACAUCAUCAUAAACGUGAUAAGAAGAAUGACCGUCAAGGGCUUCGAACAGGCUGUUGUUCUACCUCCAGUUCAAGCAAAGGAUAUAACUUUCAUCGUCAUGUGGACAUUAUUCGCACUCUAUGCUUUCGUAAAAUAUUGGUUGCCAUCAAAAACAUUUGGAGUAUCAGAGGAGACGCCUUUAAUAUCUGAAUGAAAGGCUUCUUUGUGAGGUUAUCAUUAUCUGCUUGUGCCCAAAGAAAAACUGAAAGCGAACUUUAUGUUUUAUUAUAUAUAUUUUGCUGUGUUGUCAUUUUUCUUUUCAUCUAGUAUAAAGAUGUCCUGUCAAAGAAAUACAGGCGUCCUGGGACACCCUGUAUACUUCACAUAAAUUAAUGAAACAAGAACGAACCAGAUUGAAGGACUGAUACGUAUACUUAAUACCAUAAGAGUUUAACUAAAUAAUUAAUUUUUAUAAUAUAAGGUGUUUUCAAGAUA